AAAUCAUUCUAGCCUGUAUUUGGAAUACAAGCUUUGUUUAUAUCGCCGAGGGGUACAAAGCGCAAAACCCUAAUUUGCUCACUGAUACUCAGUCCCGUGAAUUAACUCUCGAAUCUUAAUCUGUUCUGAUUCUAUCUGUUUCAUCGAAUUCUUCCUGUGACGAUCGCUUUGUGUUAUCAUCAUCUAUACUAUGGCUGUGAAAGAGAAGAAAUCACCAAAAUCAAGCCUCAAACUUCAUAGCAGCCACGUUUCUCCUCUAAAGUUUGAGAAAUUGUUCGAUCCAGAAGCUUUUUGGGACAAGGACCAAUUAGGUGAUGUACUUCACUGGAUUCGACAAAUAGUUGCCCUUGUAUGUGGAUUGAUAUGGGGUUCAAUUCCAUUGGUUGGGGGCAUAUGGAUUGUUGUAUUCCUGCUUAUUUCUUCUGGUAUAAUAUACGGAUAUUAUGCAAUCAUAUUAAAGGUCGAUGAAGAAGAAUUUGGUGGGCAUGGAUCCCUUCUUCAAGAGGGUCUUUUUGCUUCAAUAACACUCUUCCUGCUGGCUUGGACUCUGGUAUACAGCUUGGCUCACUUUUGAUCUGGUUAAUUUCAUCAUAUUAUUUGCAACAUGUGUAAGACAUUUGAUUCAUUAGUAGCUACGGUUUUGUUAUCAUAUAUACAUGUAGAGUGCAA